CGAGUCAUUGCGGGAGUCAUUGGUGCGCCAACGCCUACCUAGCUGCGGAUCUUUUCUUCCGCAGCCAGCCUAAUCAGUAGGUCUUUCUUGUAGCGCUUUGUUCCCUGUAAGAAGGGGCUUUUGGAAGUCAAUGUGGAGUCCCCAAACAAAAAUUCGUGGAACUGUUGUCAACAUAUCAGGCCAUAUCAGGCAAGGAAGGUGCAGCUUAGCAUUUGUUGCUGCGAAAGUCUUUCAGUGGCAGUUUCUGCGGCCCUCUUUUGAGGUUUCACUUGGAGGCAGCUUGAUAGGGUUUCUCUGCCCGCAAGCGAUAGCUGACUUACCUGAUGCAGUUGUAAUCGGUGGUGACCAUGCAGUGAACGGUUUAGUCAAUGUUGCAGUUUGUAUCCAGAACAGACUUAGACGGGAAACCACAUUCGGGCAGGAUGAUGGAAGCAGACCUUCAAAGGAAAAGGAAGCGACUGGAAACUUUUGGCAGCCAAGUGUCAGAAGCUGACGCUCGGGAGUGCUGUGAUGCUGGAAAAGAGAUCUGCGCUCGGCUUGCUGAAGAGGGACAGAAAGCGGUGCCAGAUGCAGAGAUCCUCAUUUCAUCAGUGGAGUUGCUUAGGCAGGUUCUACACCGCCUGACAAGCUUGUUAGCAGAGCUUGCAGCAGCUGAUGUGGCUGGACUGACAAGCCUUCUGAAAGAAAGCGUCCAAGUGGUGCAGAUGCUUCUCAUGCCCAAGGCGGAAGACAAGCGACCCCUGACGGAAGCCACUGAAAAGGCAGCCAUGGAGCUCUUCGAGGGGACCCUCUCUGCGGUGGUUGCUGUCUGCAACUUCCUCCCCCAAGCAGACGGCCAGUCACGCCCCAGUCUCAUCACCUGCGCCUCACAAGCUCACAAGGCCACCUUAGCUUUCGCCAAAGCCGCCCUCGACUCUCGCUCCCAGCUUGCGCUGCGCCUCUGGAAGAAUGUUGGGGAGCAAUUACGCUGCGCUGCAGUAGAUCCCACCCUGGAACCCGUCCUGUUCGACGUACCAGCAAUUGCGCUCCACCUUUUCGACUACAGUGCCUCUCAGCUCCAAAACGCGCUCCGCAUGUGGCAAAACCCCGAAGAGCAAGCGGAGAACGAGGCGCGGGACAAACGGCUCACGGGGCCGAUCCGUCACGGGCUCCUCACGGUGCUUCGGAUCACUGCCACAUGUCCAGCCAGCGUCGCGAGCCAGCCCUGCGCGCGCUCGCUCGCCGCGUUCGUCGUCCUGGUGACGUCACUCGUCUCAGGCCCCGUUUCACCGCUCCCAGCGAGCGCGCGGGGCGCUCUGACGAAGUCCGUCGCGGAGGCGAUGAUCGCCGUCCUGACAAUGCUCCUGGAAUCGGACGCCGUUCCUGACGAGUCCAAGUGCUUUCUCGUCCGAGCCCUCUGCGAUGCUGACGUCACUGCCGGGGGAGGUCAAGAACAAGGGCUCACAGCCGGGGGGGUAGGAAACCAGGGGCUGUCAGACGGGGGGGAUGUAGAGCAAGGCGGGGUCGCGCUCUACCGGGCCUGCGCAGAGACAGAUGACCUGGGGCCGCUUCUCCCUGCCGGCCGGCUGACGUCAUUCUCGACGCUCCUCUCGCAGAGCGCCAAGUACAGCCUCGCAGUCAAGGAGGAGCUCUCCCGCCUACUCCCACAGAUCCCAAACCUAGUAGCCGCUUCGUACCCCAGUCUCCAAUCUGAAACCCCCGACUCGUACGCUCAGCUCCUCCAGUCUCUCGCCACGUUUGCGGUCGUGUCCGAAGCGUCCAGCAGUAGUGUCACGCGCCGCGGCGUCGAGAGGUUCCUCCUCGAGGUUGUGAUCAGCGGUCAUCCUCUGACGCAGCAGCUCGCACACGAUCUGUGGGGUUUCGUUUUCCAGCUGUCGAAAACCCCCCUGAAGGAGGCUCAGCUCCGGACGCUGCUGACGGUGCUCGCGGGGCUUGUCGUGUCUGAAGCGGCGCUGACGUCAGCGGGGGAUCCCCCUGGAUUUGCGGAGACACGAGGCCUCUCGCGCGCCAUCUUCAGCGUAGCCACGCUCGUGAACCAGCUUCUGAGAGCUGCCGCGCCGGAGCAACUAGGCGCGGUCUACCGGCAGUACGUCGGGCCAGUGCGGAAGGACCUUGCAGAGACCCGCGUCUGUGAGACGCUUCUGCGGAUGGGGUUUCCGACGGAACGAUUGCCUGAUGCGCUUCAGAAGGAUUUGGCAGGGGCUUUGUUUAGCAGUGUCCUGAAGGCGGCGGAGGGGCAGGCGUCGCAGCUAGGAAGGGGGACGGCGACCGGCACAGAGGAGCUGCUGCUACGGAGUCGCCUCGCAAUCCUGGAGGCCAUCGUCAAAGACCCGUCCUUCGAGCGCAACGGAUCGCAACCCCUCGCCCAGGCCGCCGGCCAGCUCGCUGUUCGCAUACUCACCUCCCAAACCGGAACGAAGUACGGAAUAUCCAACGGAACGGCAAACGGAACGGCAAACGGAACGGCAAACGGAACGGCCUGCAGCGGAACCCCUGCCGCGCUCCACGCUCCUGCCCUCCGCCUCCUCAUUGCCGCCCAACAGCACGUCCCUUCCGAACAGCUGUGGGCUGUGCUGCCCGCGCUCCUCUCCGUUUUUCGUUCCGCCGCCCGUUCCGGUUCCGCUGUUCCGCCCGCCCUCAAGCCCGCGCUCGCCGACUUCCUUGCGGCGCUCGCGAGCAUUGCCAUGCCCGAAUCCGGCCCGGAACUGCAGGCGCUGGUGGAGCUGUACCACGCGCUGCUCCGGGAGAGCCACUGGGCGCUGGCCCACGUGGCGCUGACGUCAUUCGCGCACUUUGCGGCGACGUCGCCGUACACGGACCUGUGGCGGCUCGUCCCGACGGACGCGGCCGCGGGUCGAUUCGAGGGCGCGCUCGCGGGCGACAGCCUGAGCGACAGUGGUCAGGAGCUCGACGGGUUCAUGCGCGCGCUGCAGACGUUCCUCGAGCGGAGCGUCGGAAAAGACUUCUUGCUGUCGAGUGCGGCGGAGCACGCGGCGCUCGGUGAGGACGGCAGGAUCCUGGCGGAGCGCAUUGGGGAGGCGUUGGCAGUUCGGGCCGCGGUUCUGUUGGAGGUGUCCGAUCUGAACGAACCUGCGCCGGAAGAGGCGCACGCGAACGGGGUGGAGGUGCGCGGCGAGGUCCGGCAAGGAAGGGAAAGCGCUGACGUGGACGGUGCGGCGGGCGUGCCGGAGGAGCUUCAGGACGCGUGUGACGACAUGGAUAGGUGUGUGACGACACUUCGGAACGGGUUGAAGAGAGCGGCGGCGCGUUUGACAACGGACGAGAGGGGUGCGCUGCGGAAGAAGUUUGGGUCUCUGGGCCAAAAGCUGGCAGGCCUGGUUGAACAACUGUUUCCAGACUGACCCUCUAGCAGAAAUCUGCUACUACGUACCGGCGAAAGCGGACAUGCCUUUCUGACUUUCACCACUCUCUCCACGUCUUUUGGUCGGCUAACGCGCUGCGCUCUUGCCGUCCGACGGCGACCAUCAAUGCACCACGUUGCAUGCC